CAUGGACUCCAUCAUUGUUUUUUUUAAGCACAUAUACACUAAUUGGAUUGAAGUCACGGAAGGUCUCAUGUCUGACCCAUCCUUUGUGGGUUGCUGAAUACCAACUCAAAGAUUGGAUCUUUUAUUCUAUCCCAACCAAAAAGCUUCCUCAACCAGGCCGGAAACUACUGGGCUGAAAAAACAUCGCUGGUUUCCACAUGACUGGAAAAAUGGAACACACCGACAACGUGCAAUCAUAAUUACAGCACGAAGACAGCACUCGGUAGUUUGUUCCGAAGGGUAAAAGACCAUACUCUUGCUAGCGGAACAAAGUCCAAUACCCAUCCGAGGAAAAGACAGAGACUAAAUGGAAAACAGUGCACAGAGGAGAUUGGAACGUGUUUCUGGGCACCUGUUGUCUCCGAUUGAAGUCAAUAAUGGUCUUUCCCAGGUUUUAAUAAAAGGUGGGCAUAGAAAACAUGAGGAAGAAGGAGACCCAGUAGUUAUAGGAGGCAUGGUAUUGGAUAUACAUGCCACCCCUUCACUCCCUCUAAAUCCUAGAACCACCACUCCUGGGAAGGUCCAUUAUGUACUAGGGGGUGUAGCAAGGAAUAUUGCUGAGUGCAUGUCAAAGCUAGGAACUAAGCCUUAUAUGAUUAGUGCCCUGGGAAAUGACAUGGCAGGCAAGCUGCUGUUGGAGCAUUGGAAUUCUGCGAGCCUAUCUACAGAAGGCAUUAUGAAGCACCAAGAUAUCAAGACUCCUGUCAUAUGCAACAUAUUUGACACUGAAGGAGAGUUGGCAGCUGCUGUUGCUAGUGUGGAAGCAGUUGAAAAAUUCCUAACUUCUUCGUGGAUUCAGCAAUCAAAGCAAAAUAUAGUUUAUGCUCCUGUCAUGAUGGUUGAUGCAAAUCUAAGUCUCCCAGCUUUAGAAGCUUCUUGUCAAUUGGCAGCAGAAUCCAACACCCCAAUUUGGUUUGAGCCUGUUUCAGUGGCUAAAUCUAGAAGAAUUGUCUCAGUUGCUAAGUAUGUAACUUUUGCUUCACCUAAUGAAGAUGAGCUUAUCGCCAUGGCUAAUGCUUUAUCUCAUGAAAAUAUGUUUCGUCAAAUUGAAAGGGAUUCCAACAGUAGGUGUUCAGUUGAGUCUUUGUUCCAAUUUUUGAAACCGGCAAUCCUGGUUUUGCUAGAGAAGGGUAUCAAGAUAGUUGCUGUGACCCUUGGUGCAGAUGGUGUGCUCUUAUGUUCUAGAGGACCAAACGUAGUGAGAUUUAGUUUGGAUAGAACCAAAAAAUAUGGAUUCAGUGGACAGUUAUAUGAUAACGUGGUGUCCAGCUGUCCUUCAAGUAGAUUUUCUAGUGCUCUGCAGAUUGAGAGAAGUUCUCAUCUUUUUUCUGUGCAUUUUCCUGCACUUCCUGCAUCAGCUGUGAGGCUUACGGGAGCUGGUGACUGCUUGGUUGGUGGUACGCUUGCUUCUCUCUGUUCAGGUUUAGAUAUUAUGCAGAGCAUUGCAGUCGGUAUAGCUGCAGCCAAAUUUGCUGUGGAGGGAGAGGCGAAUGUGCCUUCAGAAUUUAGUUUGGCCACUAUUACAGAUGACGCCAGGUCCAUAUAUUUUGCUGCCAAAAUUCUGUUUCAUCAAUCAAUGCUUUAAUCCAUGUCCUUAAAGGAUGGACUGAUACGCCAUGUCCGAUCCAUAAAGUCUGGUUUCACACUACCAAUCUUAACCUCAAAUCAACUUGUUCAUUUAUACUCUAAGCAUUGCCUUAUAAAUGAAGCCCAGAAACUGUUCGAUGAAAUGCCUCAAAGAAACACUUACUCCUGGAACACUAUAAUAUCUGCCCACAUAAAAUCCCAAAACUUAGCACAAGCAAAAUCUAUUUUUGAUUCUGCUUCUGUUAGGGAUUUGGUCACUUAUAAUUCUAUGUUAUCGGGUUAUGGUACUGUGGAUGGAUAUGAAAGAAAUGCCCUUGAAUUGUUUGUUGAAAUGCAAAGUAAAAGAAAUGAGAUUGAGAUUGAUGAUCUUACUAUUACAAGCAUGGUUAACUUGUUUGCUAAGUUAUGUAAUUCGUGUUAUGGGAGACAAUUGCAUUCAUAUAUGGUGAAAACCGGUAAUGAUAGAAGUGGGUUUGUUGUGAGUUCUUUGAUUGACAUGUAUUCUAAAUGUGGGUGUUUUAAAGAGGCUUGUCAGGUAUUUAAAGGUUGUGAAAGAGAAGGAGGUUUUGAUUUGGUCUCAAAGAAUGCGAUGGUGGCAGCGUAUUGUAGAGAAGGGGAUAUGGAAAUGGCUUUGAGGUUGUUUUGGAGGGAAAGUGAGUUGAAUGAUUCGGUGUCAUGGAAUACAUUGAUUUCGGGUUAUGUUCAAAAUGGUUAUCCAGUGGAGGCACUGAAGUUGUUUGUGUGUAUGGGGGAGAAUGGUGUUAAAUGGAAUGAACAUACUUUUGGUAGUGUUUUAAAUGCUUGUGCUUAUUUAAGGAACUUGAAGAUUGGCAAGGAAAUGCAUGCUUGGAUUUUGAAGAAUGGACUGGGUUCGAGUGUUUUUGUAGGAAGUGGCAUUGUUGAUGUUUACUGCAAGUGUGGGAAUAUGAAGUAUGCCGAGUCAUUGCAUUUGACAAGGGGGGUAAGAAGUUCCUUUUCCAUCACUUCAAUGGUUGUGGGGUAUUCGUCACAAGGAAACAUGGUGGAAGCUUGUAGGCUUUUUGAUUCUUUGAAAGAGAAGAAUUCUAUUGCUUGGGCUGCAUUAUUUAGUGGUUAUGUCAAAUUGAAGCAAUGUGAAGCUUUUUUUGAACAUCUACGAGAGUAUAUAGCCAAGGAAGCUGCGAUUCCUUAUGCUUCGAUCCUUAUCAGUGCAUUUAACGUGUGUGCAUUCCAAGCUGCCCUUGGUCCUGGGAAGCAAAUCCAUGGUUAUGUAUUCAGAAUGGGGAUUGAAAUGGACAUGAAGACGACUACAGCUAUGAUUGAUAUGUACUCAAAAUGUGGAAGUAUACCAUACGCAGAAAAACUGUUCCUGAAAGUUAUUGAAAGAGAUUUAGUCCUUUACAAUGUUAUGCUUGCUGGUUAUGCUCAUCACGGGCAUGAGAUUAAAGCUAUAAGUUUGUUUCAGGAAAUGUUGGAGAGAGGAGUUGGACCAGAUGCCGUUACUUUUGUUGCACUUCUGUCAGCUUGCCGUCACCGUGGAUUGGUUGAUUUGGGUGAAAAAACAUUUUAUUCCAUGACAGAAGAUUAUCACAUACUGCCUGAUACUGAUCACUAUGCAUGCAUGAUUGAUCUUUAUGGAAGGGCUAACCAACUAGAAAAGAUGGUACUGUUCAUGCAAAGAAUUCCUAUGGAGCAUCAGGAUGCUGCUGUCGUUGGGGCAUUUUUUAAUGCAUGCAGGCUAAAUAAAAACACAGAAUUAGCAAAAGAGGCAGAGGAGAAACUGUUAAAUAUUGAAGGUGAUAGUGGAGCUCGUUAUGUGCAGUUGGCUAAUGUUUAUGCUGCAGAAGGGAACUGGGCUGAGAUGGGGAGGAUUAGGAGGGAGAUGAGAGGAAAGGAGGCCAAGAAGUUUGCUGGUUGCAGCUGGGUAUACUUGGAUAAUGGAGUCCAUUCAUUUACCUCUGGUGAUAGAACCCAUACAAAAGCAGAGUCUAUCUAUUCGAUGCUGGAGUUCUUGAUGGCUGAAUUAUAUGAAAUCGCUGGGGCAUUCCGUUAGAUAACGUUUUGAAUGUUGGCAUGCCAACAUGGUUCAAAAGCUUGCACAGCCUGCAAUGAGGAUGAGAGUUGGAGACUUUCGAGUAGCCGAAGAUGUUUAGCAGGUAUAUUGAAAUAUUCAAAAGCUAGUCAGUCUAUCGUGAGUGCACUUCAUGAUUGUCUUUAUUGGGAAAGAUGAGAAGAUCAUGUUCUAAUUCCAAAGGCCCUUUCUGGAUGAAUAACUGAAGCUUUUGAGGAGAACUGUUACUGAAGCCAAAGCAAACAUCCAGACAAAGAAAUGCUGUAGAGCAAGAUGUGUAGAAGCAACCAUCGCAACUGUUCUGUUUCUAGGACUCGAAAUUCUUCCAAGCCCAAGGUCAAUUCUCCCAAGGAUUUUGAACAGCACAUUUAGGCUAUCCUUCCCACAUACUGUGUGCAUUUUGUAAACUGGAAGUGUGGUAAAAUGCUUCGUCAAGGAGUUAUGCCACAAUUUUAGCAUGGUUUCGUAAUGCUUCAGCAACACUACCUUGUUUUUUGAGGUUUUUAUGCUUCAGUAACACCACCUUGUUUUUUGAGAUUUUUAUAGAUAAAUCCUUUGAUCUGGCCCAAAAUUCUUUCAUUAACUGAUGUGCCUCCAGAA